CGUCUCGUUUCACAAGAUCGCCCGGUGUCGGAACCGAACACCCACCGAACCGGUACCGCUUAGACCCGGUCCGUCUUCGGUUCUGAGGAUGUCCCGCGUGCUGAUCGUCGGCGCGGGCCUGACGGGCAGCUUGUGCGCGUGCCUGCUGAGGAGGGAGCUGCAGAGUAAAGUUCAGAUUGUUGUGUGGGACAAAGCAAGGGGCACAGGUGGCAGGAUGUCCACUAGUCGUCCUCCUGAUGCCUCAUCUCACUCCGCUGACCUGGGAGCUCAGUACAUCACAUCCACACCGGCUUACGCCCAGUCCCACCACAGUUUUUACUCAGAGCUGCUGUCUGCCGGCGUGCUGCAACUCUUGGACUGUCAGGUCGAAGGACUGAAGCAAAAACCUGGAGACAAGAACUACGUGACGCCACGGGGCAUGAGCAGUGUCGUCAAACACUUCCUGUCCGAGUCAGGAGCUGAUUUGUUCCUGGAGCAUCACGUGACCGGCCUGUACCGCCGCGGUGCAUCAUGGGAGGUGGAGCGAACGGCAGGGGGCAGCGAGACGUUCGAUGCCGUCGUCCUGACAAUGCCGGUUCCACAAAUCCUGCAGCUGCAGGGAGACCUGGUGACGUUGAUGUCCACCCAGCAGAGACAGCAGCUAAACUGUGUCCAGUACUCGUCCCGGUUUGCUCUGGGCCUCUUCUUCUCUCCGGAGGUGGUCUUUAGUUUCAGCUGGGGGGCCAAGUACUUCACUGACAGCUGCUGCAUCCGCUACAUCGCUGUGGACAACAGGAAACGCAGCGCAGACGCUGCAGGUCUUGGUCCAUCCCUUGUGGUCCACACCAGUGUCCCAUUUGGUGUAGAACACCUGGAGAGGGACAAGGAGGACGUCCAGCCAAUUAUCUUAGAGGAGCUGCACAGGCUCCUCCCCCAGCUGCCUCAGCCAAUCAGCAUCAAGUGUCAGAAGUGGAGGUACUCCCAGGUGUUGACCACAGUACCUGACUGUCCAGGUCACAUGACCCUCCUGCAGACACCACCGCUCAUCUGUGGCGGCGACGCCUUCAGUCACUCCAACUUUGACGGCUGCGUGGACUCUGCUCUGGGUGUCCUCAGAGCUCUAAAGACCUCGCUUAGGGUCUAGAACACCUGUGGAACUGAUUAGAACAUGAGAGGAACUGAUCAGAACAUGAGAGGAACUGAUCAGAACAUGGGAGGAACUGAUCAGAACAUGAGAGGAACUGAUCAGAACAUGAGAGGAACUGAUCAGAACAUGGGAGGAACUGAUCAGAACAUGAGAGGAACUGAUCAGAACAUGAGAGGAACUGAUCAGAACAUGGGAGGAACUGAUCAGAACAUGAGAGGAACUGAUCAGAACAUGAGAGGAACUGAUCAGAACAUCAGAGGAACUGAUCAGAACAUCAGAGGAACAUCUCUCUGGUCCAGGUCUUUAGAUGUCCUGAGUUUCUUGGUGUUUUGAAGUAAAAACAGUUCUGGACUUCACUGGUCCAGUUUCAGGUUUUUGACCUGAUUUUAA